AUGAUUGAUGGUGAUUUAGGUGCGAUGGUGAUGAUGAACGUGUUGAGUGAUGAUAGUACGAUGGUGGUGGUAAUGAUCAUGGUGUCGACGAUAAUGGUAAUGAUUUUUAAUGAGAUUUAAAAAAAAAAGAUUAGGUUAGGGUUAGGGUUAGAUUAAGAUUAGUGUUAGGGCUCAACAUGUGUCGCGAAUUUACUAUAUUGAUAAAUUCGGACGUGUUUGACAAUUUACUCAUAUAGUAAAUUCAAAGGUGGAGCUCAUUGCUGUAAUGAUGAUGAUGAGAUGAUAGUGUUAAUGGUAAUGAUGAUAAUGGUAAUGAUGGUUGCGAUGAUGGUGAUAAUGACGGUAGUGGUGAUAAUGAUGAUAGUGAUGGUAAUGAUGAUGAUGGUAAUGAUGAUAAUGGCAAUGAUGGUAAUGACGAUGAUGGUAAUGAUGAUAAUGAGGAUGGUAAUGAUGAUGAUGGUAAUGAUGAUGAGGAUGGUAAUGAUGAUGAUGGUAAUGAUGAUGAUGAUGAUGGUAAUGAUGAUGAUGGUAAUGAUGAUGAUGAUAAUGAGGAUGGUAAUGAUGAUGAUGGUAAUGAUGAUGAUGAUAAUGAUGGUAAUGAUGGGGAUAAUGAUGGUGAUGGUAAUAAUGAUGAUGAUAAUGAUGGUGUUUGUGGUGAUAAUGAUGAUAGUGAUAAUGAUGAUGAUGAUAAUGGUAAUGAUGAUGAUGGUAAUGAUGAUGAUGAUGAUAAUGAUGGUGUUUGUGGUGAUAAUGAUGAUAGUGAUGACCAAA